CGUCCCCGCAUCCAAGGCAACCAACGAAGUAGUCAGUUCAACACACUCGACGAAGUAAUACGCUCCAUCCCCACUCGAUCAUGGCCACACCAGCAACACGGCAGUCCGGUCCUCCUGCAGGAUCCUCUUCGCCUGCUACAGGCCCAUCAUCACCUUCUCCAGCCUCAGCAAAACAAGACCUCACCUCGUAUCUUGGCCUCCCACUUCGCCUCACCCUCUCCUCACCACCUAAUACCCAAGUCUCCGGGCUCCUCUUCUCACACGAUGUCCAAACGGGUCUCGUAGUACUCGAGACGGGCUACAACCCUGCUGCUCCCCCUCCCUAUCCGGCUACGGCUGCCGCUGCGCCCAGCAGCCAAAGGACCAACGCGGUCAUUGCGGCGCAGGGCGGCAGCUCGAGCAGGGAGCCGACGGGAUUCAAGUUGAUAAAGGAGCGAUGCAUCAAGAGUGUCGAAGUGCUGCCAAACACCACAGCAGAGGCGGCCGCAGCGUCUUCCAAGCCGGUCAAUGGCGCUCCUUCAUCGGCAUCAUCACAGAAUGCCCCCGUCGCAUCCGACGUCAUCUUCGCCAAGACUCUCUCACCGAUCACACCUAUCGAUGCAUCCAUCGCGGAACGUCGUGAGGCAGCUGCUUCGAGGGAGGCCCAAUUGAGGGCGAGUAAGAUCGGUGUGGGCGUCACAGAAUUUGCGCAGGAGAUCUUUGAAGGGUUGAGCAAGACAAUGCCCUGUCGCUGGCACCAAACCCAAAUAGUCAUCAUGGACGAAAUGAUGCUCGCAGAGCCUUACGAUUUGCCGUCAUUACGCGUUCCCCGUUACUCUCAGAGCCUCUUGGAGCGACUGGCUGCGGAUGACGAAAAGAUCAGCCAGGCGGAUCUCCCUCAGGGGGAAGACGUAUCGAGGGCAAAGGCAAAGGCAAGGAGUUGGGAGAGAGUGUGCAAAGUUCUCGAGGGAGAGAGAAGGAGAGCAGCCGCGAGACGGGCAGCGCAGGGUGGAGGCUUGUGA